UGCUUACUCACACCGUCGUUACUGAGCCAUCGUCUGUCUUUUCCUAUUCUGUUACUGGUUUCUGGAUUGAUCGCCAUUUACAUUGUUUCCUUCUAUUCUGCAGCAUGUUGCUUACUCGGGUCGCCCUUUCCCUAUCAGCGAUUGGAAUUGCAAGUGGUCGGCCGUCUGCGAAACGAACAUCUUACGCCGUCAAAGAACGUCACAUUGUACCCAGAUCAUGGACGAAACUUGGACCAGCGUCAAAACAGGAUACUCUCCAGAUCGCUAUCGGUUUGAAGCAGCAGAAUGAAGGAUUAAUAGAGCAACACCUCAUGGAAGUUUCGGACCCCGAGCACCAACGUUACGGUCAACAUCUAAGCUACGAUGAAGUGAAUGCAAUCGUAGCGCCAUCGAACGAGACAUUGGAAGCUGUACAGUCAUGGUUGAUUGAUCAUGGAAUCACCGACUGGGUCCACAAUCACGCCAAGGAUAUGAUACAUUGCUCGAUGUCCGUUGAAAAGGCGGAAUCGCUGCUUGAUACCAAGUAUCAUGCUUUCAAACACGCAGAUGGCACGGAAAUCAACCGAGCGCCGGAAUGGUCAUUGCCCGAGUACUUGCAUGAUCACAUCGAUAUGGUGCAGCCCACGACAUCCUUCUUCCAUCCUCAAAAGGAACUCGUAGAUGACGAUAAUCCGUGGAAACCGCUGAGUUAUUGGCAGGCUCAGGACAAGCCGGGACUGUUUGGCGAGUAUGAGACUGAAAAGUGCAAGAACAAUUUCGUCACUCCCCAGUGCCUCCGGACAGUCUACGGUACAAUUAACUACAAACCUCAAGUGCCCGACAGAAACGGCAUGGCCACGGCAAAUUACCUGAACGAGACUGCGCAUCGAAAAGACAUCGAGACGUUCAUGAAAGCUUUCCGACCAGAUGCCGCUCCCAUAGCCAACACGUUCCAGUACGUGGUCAUUGCCGGCGGCGCCAAUCAACAAGGCGACUACACGCCAGACCUGAUCUCCAAGGACACCAACAAGGAGGCCAACAUGGACGCCAUCAAUGCCAUUAGCAUCAUCUAUCCUUCAAAAUUCACAGCAUGGUCUACUGGAGGUUCUCCGCCUUUUCAAGCUUCUGUCAAGAACCCCAAAAACACCAACGAGCCUUACCUGGUUUGGCUCGAUUAUGUGCUCGGCCAGAAAGACCUCCCGAAUGUGAUCAGCACGUCGUAUGGAGACGAGGAGCAAACUGUUCCGGUAUCGUAUGCCAAACGGGUUUGUGCUGGUAUGGCGCAGCUCGGGGUGCGAGGGAUCUCGGUCGUUUUUAGUUCUGGUGAUGCUGGAGUUGGCAGCUCCGAGGGUUGUGUUUCCAACGAUGGAAAGAACACGCGGAUGUUCAUGCCUAACUUCCCUACUUCCUGUCCUUGGGUGACUUCCGUUGGAGCAACGGGCGGUUUCUCACCUGAGGUCGCUGUGACCGAGUUCGCCUCGGGUGCGGGUUUCAGUAAUUAUUUCCCCAUGCCCGAUUACCAGAAUUCCACGGUGCAGAAAUACAUGCAAGGGUUGGGGAAUAUGCAUCAAGGAUUGUAUAACCCCAAUGGUCGCGCGUACCCGGAUGUUUCUGCGCAGGGAAACCACGACGUCAUCACAUGGAAUGGUCAGACUUCGACUAUGGGAGGUACCUCUGCUUCUGCACCGACGUUUGCGGCUGUCAUCACUCUGGUCAACGACGCUCUGAUUGCGGCUGGGAAACCUCCUCUUGGAUUUAUGAACACUUGGCUCUACAGCAGCGGAUAUCAAGCGUUGACCGACAUUACCAACGGCUCGAGCUACGGCUGUGGAACCAAAGGCUUUCCUGCUACGCAAGGCUGGGACGCUGUUACGGGCUGGGGAACGCCGAAUUUUACGAAACUUGUGCAAGCAGCGAUGAGCGCUGCUGGAGCGUCGACGAAUUCUGCGCAUAGAAACUCGCCUGAAUUGCAGGGCGCCGCGCAAGGAGGCCACCGAUGAGCGUGCAGUGGGCUCGAAUGCUGUACAUACUUGCAUUUUGAUAGACAUUUCAUCAGCGCCUGUGGUGGCUUCGAGAUGGAGCGGCCUCGCAGCACAGCCGGCAGCAGCGCAGGCCGAAUCAUCGUAUCCGUUCGCGAAGCCGAAUUGUAAACUUCCGUCU